UCGAUUAGUGCAAUACCGACAAUUUUUAUUUUUUAUUUUUAUCAAAUAAUCAACAACGCCUUAUACAACUUAACUUGCGUUUCAUGUAAUAUCCGGCCACCGUAUUUAGCCUUCUGAGAGCCUCGUGAAUGUUCAUGGUCCUUUGUUCAUUCUGUAGAACGUUUCAAUUUCUCGCCACGAUUUUAUCUCUUUAGUGUGAGGUUGUGCUGUUAAUAUGAAUAAAAAAUGACUGCAAGACUAGCGUUUGUUGGAAAUAAACUAGCCGUUUUUGUUGUCUUCAUAAAACGCAGUUAUUCACGCGCAUUCCUGUGGUUAAAUCGAGCGUUUUCCGAUUAACCCUGAAGGCAACAGCUGAAUCCCAGCCCACUUGGCUAACAAUAAUGCUAGCCAGGAAAAACUACAAGACGAGUUAGUUUCCCCCCCACCCCCCUGUUGUUCGAAACUAAACAUUCUGGCAAAAUGCUUGGGUGAACCGAGGCGGCCGUGGCAGUUUGUGGCCUGCUUUCAUGGCAUUUAACCUCAGCCGCUUCCUGGAGCUCCGCUGGCAUCAAUCGCAUCACCCAAGAAGACGCAGCCAGGCUAACUAACAGUAUAUUGUGCUUCAAUGCUAUGGCACCGCAUUAAAAAAUUUGCUGAAUUAUUUGUCAGCUAUGAAAGCCACUGCCCAGUGAUAGAAGUCCCACCAAAAUGGAGCUGUACUGGUAUAUAGUGGUCAUAGUGUUCAUCAUCAUCAAGAUCUUCUUCUACGUGUGCUGGUACCGCUCGAGACAGAGGCAGCUCGCCGCGUACCUGAGCAACCCCCGCAAUACCCAGAUAGUCAUUGUUGGAGGGCGGGCAUACCUCCAUCAGAUGUGCGAGAGACAGAGUCAAACCUCGCUCUGGCCAAGCUGGUACGGCGUGCCCGAUGACCUGUCACAAGAAGAGCCCUCCACAGCGCAGCCACCUGCUCUAUCCUUCUCCCACCUGGACAUGCCACCGCCGUAUGAUGCAGUCUCUGGAGAGGAUGACCUGAAGCCCCCUCCCUACAGCGAGUGUGCCCACGACGACGAGGCCGAUGCAUCUCUGCCCUCCCAUCACACACCUCUCAUCUCUGAGGGAGGGGACUCUAGUAGCUCCGAGGCACCGCCCCCUUACACGCAGUCUCCCCUGCCACAAGCCCAACAACAACAAGGCUCAGCAAUCCACACGGAGUAGUACUCCGAGAACAUGUCGGCCUAGUUGAAUACCAAUACCAGUUUGCCUUUUCCCAAAUACUGCCUUGCUACCUGCAAACCUCAGGCUUGAUUAGUUGGAUCACACUGCACACGAGCUUAUACGUGUGUGUGUUCAGUGUUUUUUGGAGCCCAGUUUGGUUUGUCUUUUUCCUAUUUUUAGACAUCUGAUGAUUUUGGUCGUAACGGAUGACAUCAGCAAGCCCAUGUGCCUCAAAACCUGCCCGUAGCAACCACGAGCGUGACAGCUCAGAUGUCAAAGCUCCAGCAGAGUCAGACACAUGAAAAGAAAUACUGUUCUCACUUUCAAGUAUAGCACGAGUGUAGUGCAUUUCAUGCCUCUUUGAACCUUGUUUGCGGAAAUUGCCAAACACAAGACCAUUCUUCAGUUCCACUUUUGGCUGAGACAUUUUUUUGACAGAGUGGUUUCUUUCAAAGCAUGUCAAACGCAACAAAUCCAUCGAGAAGACAGAUUUUAGGGCCAAUUAUUGCAUGAGAGGGCAUCCAGAAUUAUUGGUACAGUAAUAUGGUUUUGCCUUUAUACAUUACCAUAAUGUUUGAAUUAAACUGUAGAAUCUCACCUGUAAAUGAGGAGACAUUUUAUACAUUUCACAAUUUAAAAAAGGUCCCAGAUGUCUUAAUCACUCGGUGAUAAAUUUUUUUUUUUGUCUUUCUAAUUUGGCAGGAUUGUGAACAACAGUUUUCUCUGUGGUGUGUCAAAUUUAAAUACACUUAUUUUCACUUUGCAGGGCCUUUAAAUCGAUUGUGGUGGUGUAUAGAGACAAAAUCAUAAAAACUCUUUGUCCAAAGACUUCUGGUCGUAGCUGUUUGUUUCACGCAACACAUUCAAGCUUUCAAAGUACUAUUUGUCAAAUGAAUAUGCUGCAACAUAUUCUGAUGACUGAUAUUGUGACUUUUGAACUCAAAACGGGAAUGAAAAUACAUGGUUUUAUCUGUAUCAGGAGUGGUCAAGGGCUUCUACUUAUUUUAUUUUUUUAAGGUCAUGAGCAUUUUAAAUACUGCAAAUUGAAAACAAACCAAAAAUGUUUUAGCAAUUUAUAAUCCACAUGUGAGUCUACCACAGGCUUGUACGCUCAAUAUCUCAUUACAUUACUAUUACCAUGCUAUUUGCUUUUGGUUCACUGCCUUUCAAACUAAACUUUGCUUGAAGGUCUGCCCCUUUUUUCUUUUUCUUGUACUAUACCGUUUUGUAUUGUGAUGACAAAUUCAUCUUUGUGGUCCUUUUUUAAAAUGUGAGGCCUGCGAUGAGCAAAAUGUAGCUUUGAAUGCAGCCACAUGAUGCACAACUGAUUCGUAUCCCAUCGUCAGUGUUACUGUCUUAUGUCACCUGCAUCCACUUGUACUUCCAGUUCAUUCCUAGUACAGCUCAAUUGAAUUGAA